AAUAUAUGUUUCAGAGCCGAACUGGAAGCUACGUACGCGAAAGGGCUCAGCAAACUCAGUAGCAAGCUGACAAAGGCCUGCGCCAAGGAUCAAGGUGGUAAUAGCAACGGAGGUGUGAACGAGGCAUGGAGGUGUGUCGGCGAGGAGAUGGAGGCUGCGGCGGAAGCCCACCGACUAUGGGGCAUCGCGUUAAGCGAACAACUCGCCAAACCGCUCAGAGUGGGCGUAGCUGAAACGCAGGGCCGGUCGAGGAAGAGCAUCGAAAACUCGGUGGACAAGGCAUCCAAGUCGCUUCAGGAAUGGCGUGGGGUAACGGCGAAGAGCAAAAAGCAGAGCUUUGCGUGCGCGCGCGAGAACGAGAGGCUACAGGAUCUGGCGCGGCUACAGACCAUCGGUCAAAGCCAGCAGAGCAACAACAGGUCGUCGAGUCAUCACAUGACGGAGAAGGAAGCGAGCAAACUGGAGGCUAGACGGAGGAAGGCCGAGGACUCGUCGCGCCGAGCGGACACCGAAUUCUACACGGUCAGCGUGAGAGCUGAGAGGGCCAGGCUCGAGUACGAGAGCACGAUGAGGAAGGGCGCGAAGCAGAUGGAACUGCUCGAGGAGGAGCGACUGAGCGCCCUGAAGGACCUCGCCAACGUGUACUUGACGCACUUGCAGGCGCUCGCUCCGCGAUUGCAGCAGAGCGUCGAUCGCUUGCUGACGCCUGUGCGUAGCUGUAACGUGUCGCAGGAUCUAGAGAUCCUGAAAAAUCUCGUACGCCGAAUGGAUAAUCACGAUGUGACAAACGCGGAACAAUUGCUGCCGGAUUUCUACGCCGAGCAUGUCACGCUGGCGAUGAAUCGCGAACGGCGAAAGCAGGCCUUGGUGAGGGUGCUGCAUCUGAUAAGACAAGAUCUGGAGAGGGAAAGACGAGGUAGAGAAGGUCUGGAAACGUUACACCGAGCCUUUGUCAAGACUCCGGCGUUCGCGGCGGACGAGAGCACGCAAAACGUGACGGACAAGCUACAUCAUAUGCGCUCGAUGUUGCUAUACUUGGAGGCGGCUAGAUAUAAAGUCGGCGGUACGCUUGCCGAAGUGGAAGGUAGCAAACGGAGCAAACAUCCCUUGUCGGAGCAUAUCUUGGUCUCGAGAGACAAGCAGGGUUUGCAACAAAGUGUUCUCAAGAUUCCUUCUUGGACAAAGAACGAAUCUUUCGAGAUUCAGGACAGUGAUGACGAACUCGAGAUGCAUUUGACCAAGGAUCAGAACGCCGAGACUCGCGAUUGGGCUGAUCGAACCGCCGGUGAUGGCAAUUCGGAGAAUCCACCGGACGAGGAUGAUUUCAGCGAUUUUGACGAGUUUAGCAGUCACUCAGAAGACAACAACAACCAGAUUGAUGGUACGGAAGUAGCGACGGCCAAGACUGAACGCACGGAGCAGUGUCGAGCGAUCUAUCAGUACUCCGCGAAUCUGAACGACGAGCUCAGCCUCAGUCCGGGAGACCUGAUAACCGUUCAUCAGAAACAGCCAGACGGCUGGUGGAUAGGCGAGUGCAGAGGCCGUACCGGCAUAUUCCCUGCCACUUACGUCCAAGUCAUUCAUUAGUAAACACGAAUGAUUUAUUAUCGAUUUGCUUAGACUACACGUUUAAAGAAUUUGAAAGAAUUCCACAUGACGCGAUGACGAUAGUAUCCUCCUCUAGGAGCUUCUUCCAUCUGGCUUCGUUAAAUCAAGUAAGAGUAUUAUAAUGUGCCAAUAGCGUUACACGCAACGAUUACUUUGUACGCACAAAUCAAGGGUAUUUCAACCGCGAACUCGCUCAAGCCCUCAAGCUCGUAUAAAAAUUAAUUGAGAAUUAAUACCAUACCAAAUAGUAGUUACCACAUCCGAUACGUCUGGUGUCGACAAGGUCUGGUGGAAAUAUUUUAAUCAUGUCGUCACACUAUUUGCGUUUAUACAUACGUUUAUAUCAUUCUUACUACUAUACAAUUAAUAUUUCUUUGUGUACCGUUCUGAAAAAGUCGAUCCGAGUUACACACGUAUCUCGACUCCGAGUAUUUUUACAUUAAUUCUGACAAUGCAUUUUAAUUCAUCGUGCGUAUAUAUAUUACCUAUUUUUGUCAAGAUAUGCAAUACAUUAUGUUUGAAAACUUAAUUGCACGAUCUGUAUUACUGACAAGAAUUCAAGUUACUUCCUUAGCAUGAAAUGUUGAUACAAAUUGUAUUGAUUUUUUGUUUACAUUGAUAAAUUAUGUUGUCAUAAUGACUAUGAUUACUUAUUUGUGCACUUAACAAUUUUAUUCCUUAGAGCUGUUGCUAUAUUUCCGUCUUAGGAAUAUUACUUUUCAAGCAUGCUGUAUAAAUAUCUCAUUUUUAACGCCAAGAUUAUCACAUUAUGUAUGAUAACGUUCUCUUUGUAAUUUAUUGAGGAAUUGUGAGAGAAUAAUAAGUAUAGUGGACUCUCGAAAUAAUUUACGCGAGAGGAUAAAAACGCGCGUGCAAACAAAUAUAAAAAAUUGUGCAUGUACACGCGCACACGCGCGCACGCGAUUAUUUGUAUUAUGCAAACAAUCAAUUGUAAAUAUCAAGAUAUAAGAAAUUAUUUAAGCAUA